UAGAACCAACUUCGGUUCAAAAUUGAAUUGAAAAAUAGUUUAGACAGCUACCAUUGUUGUUCGUUUGGCCUGGCUAGUAGCAUGGCUAAAAACAAUUAAUUACUAUAAUCAAUGUUUUUUGUUUCAUGAUGCAAAUUAAUAAUUUAUGAUGCUGAAUCUGAAGUCAAAUUGAAUUAAUUGAUCCUUAAUUUAUUAUUUUACCCUCUAUAUGUCACUGGACUGUUAUCACAACAAUUCACUAUGUUAACUUCUGUAAGAAUUGUCGGUUUAAAUGUAAUCUCCUUCCUUUUCACCCUUAAAUCGGCAGAAACGAAAGAAUCUUUAAUCUAUGAAUCCCCGCCUUUUUAUAAAACUUCUGAUUACAAUUUCAAACAACAUGAAAUUCUCAAAAUUGACUUGCAGUCAUCCAAUUGCAAAACUUCUACUUAUGACGAGAAUUUUCUUUAUAUUGGAUGCAAAAACCGAGUUGCCAUAGUCGAUGUCGCGAAGAGCCGAACGACAAUCCCGGUGUCGUACUCUCCAGCGUGCGGACAACUCGCAAGCUCAUGCGGAGACAAUCAGAUUCUAGCUUUGAGUCCUCGAAAGAAAAAUGUCCUCGUGUGUUUUUCCGAGCCCCAAGAAAAAACAUUUGUUUGCACUCGGUUCCGAAAGGCAAGCGAUGAACCCGAUUCCACGAUUGACCCGAUUGAUGAAUCUUUUGAGUUUCGCGCCCAGUUCAUCAGACCCGAUACCGUGAGCCCGAUGUUAUUCGACGACCGCAAAAACUUAUUUCUCACGGGAUAUUUAAUCCCUGAUUUUCCAGAUAUAAUGAAAUUGAACCUUGACGACAACAGAGCAAGCACAGCAGCACUGGGUAUAGACAGAGGAUAUCACAACAAACCUUGGCAAAUUUUAUCGGGAAAGCCUGAAUUUAUAGCUGCCAUUCAAAUUGCAGAUUUCAUCUAUGUGUUUUUAAACGAAGUUUACGAAGAAAACGGGAACCGAGUAGGUCGCGACGAUUUGAGCAAUAAAACUAGGUACCCCGAUGAUGGUCAGCAAAGGGCUCGAAUUAUUAGGAUCUGUGCUAACGAUCAACCUUCACUAAUGAAUGUCAAGUUAUGGUCUUAUUUUAUCAAGGCCUCGUUAUCGUGUUUAAAAAACGACACUUUUUUCACUAAAUUAACCGCGAUCAAUUAUGAUUCAGAAACUCAACUUCUUUUCGCGACUUUCUCAGCACAAGAUGCGUAUAUUUCUGGGUCGGCAAUUUGUUCAUACAAAAUAGACAAAAUAAAUGAGCAUUUUGGGAAACCUGUCUACAAAUGGAGCGGCCUAGAGUUAAUAAAAUCAGACAAUCUUUUCCCCGAUUUUAAAUGUUCGUCAAAAGACAAAGAGACGUCUUCAGAAUUACACGAAAGGUUCAAAGUCACAAUCCAGGAACCAAUUUUACCCGAUGCAUCAUAUCGAGUACCUGGAUUUCGAAUUGUCAAAAUUGCUUCAAAAACUUACAAGAACUUUCUUAAAACAACGACAAGUACUGUUACGUUUGGCAUAACUCAAGAUGGCUAUCUUGUAAGGCACCAUUUUAAAAACCAUGAAGAUAUUUGUCAACUGCGGUCUAUGAGAUUCAAGUAUGAAAAUCUGGACCAAAAAGUGACACAAGUUCAUUUGGUCCCGAAAGAAGGAACUGAUUUUGGACAAAUAGCAGUUGUAUAUGAAGAAGAAGUUGUGAUGGUUCCUUUUGAUGGUUGCAGUAAAAUGGAAUCGACGCGCUCUUGCGUGGCGUUGCAGGAUCCGUUCUGCGAAUGGAACGAUGUUACGAACAAAUGCCAGUCUAGUGAUCCUUCGGUAGUUGGUAAGAACGCAGUCGAGUGUCCUUACAACAUAAUACCCGCCGACUACUCCACCUGGAGUCCCGAAUACACUUGCGCGUCCGGAUGCACAUGCACGCACAGGAACUGCAUAGCGGAUCCCUCGAUGCUCCUGAACACAACUGUAUGCGCAGAUGGACCUAUGAUUCUGAAUGUCACAAAGUGUCCCGUUGACGGAGGCUGGGGCGACUGGGGUCCGUGGAGUUCAUGCACGAAGGGUCAGAGGACAAAAGAACGGAAAUGUGACAGACCAAAGCCCCAGUUUAACGGGCAAGACUGUAUCGGGGCAAAGAUCAUUUACGAAUCAUGCCAAAUUGAAACUGAGAGAACAAAAUCUCCUAUGAUUCCCACUGCAGUCUCCCACUGGUCUCCCUGGAUGGUCACCAAAGUAGACACUGCUCGGAAUCGGUGGAGCGAGACCAGACUCAGAGUCCAAUACACCUCCGACACGUCUCUGGACGCCUCGGACAAUUUCAAGUUCCAGGCAUCCGGGAGGAACUGUUCUUUAAUUGUUGCGGAUACCUGUCCCCAGUCGAGUGUGAUGGUGGAUCUCCUGAACACGUGGACUGAGUGGUCUCCGUGCAGCAGUGCUUGCGGCGAGGGAAGGAGGAUCCGAAAACGCAAGAAGUGCAUGGGAAUGGUAUGUUCCGGCGAGGAGACAGAAACUGAGACGUGCAAUGAGAAGUCGUGUCCCCACGAGGGAGGAGAUGGAGGGGCAGCUGACCUGCUGUGUUGGAGUGAGUGGACUGCCUGUAGCAGCGAGUGCGGCAGUGGCAUCCGAACCAGACAGAGGAUAUGUCCCACCAAUAACUACUACAACUGCAUGGAUGGCAAGCAGACUGAUAAUCAAGAAUGCGACGGAACAAGCUGUCAAUUUUCCCCACCAUUGAACCACAAUCUGCGCCUUAUAGAUACAUGUCGACACAAACUUGUCGAAGAGUACAAAUGCGUGGGACCCAAAUGCGAAUCUGAUCACGUUUUCAAACCUUGUGGCGACCAAACUUACCCUCUUGACUCAAGCGAAGUAGAAGGAAUGACCUUGAAAAAUGAUGACAACGAUGGAGCUGUAGAUAUGAAGAUAUACAUUCUAUCGGUGACUGUAACCGCGAUUCUAGUAGCUAUGAUGUUUUGCAUAUUCAUGGUCAUAGCUCGUAAAUGCCAGAGACAUGAUCGAACUUCGGACCAUCAGCCCAAAAUUUACGACCAGCUACCACCUGUUGACCCGAUAGUUGACCUUGGGGUACCUGUCGGGGGACGAUUGAGUCAUCAGAUGGCAAAUGACACGCUUGGAAUCUGUUCAGAUUCGUUCAACAUGUCAAGUAGCCACAUGCUGCCCCAUAUCUGGAACAGAGACCAGACUAUGAACACGUUCAACGACAAUGAUCAACCUAUCAACAAUGGAUUCUUUUCGGUUGACUACAGAUAUUCGAAGCAACGCAAGCACGAGAUGCAAGAAUACCAAAGAGGGGGUUACCUUUACGGCACAUUGAACACCAGAAGAACAAACCAGCCGCCCAUGUGGCAGUGAUGCGAAAAAUCAAGGAUCUUUCGAACCUUCAACUCGCCGGAUCAGCAAUGCUACUCCAAACAUAAUUGUUUAAUUUCACUUUACCAAACUUUCUGCCUCUUUACUUUUUCGCCUCUUAGAUUUUUAAGCUUAAGUUCAUUCUGAAAACCUCGUAUUCCAAAUCAAAUAAUUAAUAACUCAUACCAAUAGAUAAAUUUACAAUUCUACUUGAAAUUUCUAAAUCAAGCUAAAAAAGACAAAAAUAUCAAGAACAAAUUCUUUCUCAUGAAAAUAAUCUUGUUUCGCGACUUCAGUUCACACGGGCGAGCUAUUUUGCAAAAUGUUUUGAAAAAUUAAUUUAUGGCGACUAGCUAGUAUCUAUCUCAUAGGGUUUAUAUUAGAUCAAAGAAGAUAGAAAGUUCGAUACACAGACAACCAAAAUAUAUUUGUUAUAUUUCUUAAGUGUUAAGUUAAAAGUACUUCAGAAUUAAUUAUACAAAAUUUAUGCGUUCUUUUUUACACAUUUUUGAAGCCCAAAUAUUUGAAACCCAAACAAUGCAUAAUAAUAGCAUAAGAUGCGAAAUGGUUAAGAUCUUGAAAAAAAUUAAAGUAAGAGUCAAUACUUCUUACUUCUGCUUACUUCUGAGUAUUAUAGUAAGUUAUUAGUACUAUAGACUUAGAGUAGUAAAGUACUGAUGGAAAGAAUCAUCAAGUUUCAG